AUGCAGUUCUUUCAGAUGCCCAAAGGGCCAGUGGAGGUGGAGUAUCAGCUUUCAAGGUGUUCGGUGGCCAUGCUGGCGAUGGCCAUGUUUAGCAAUGUGGCGCUGUACCACGAAAAGUCAAACAAGAACGAGACCUGUGCCGCAGCAUCACUAACAGCAAGGUAUCCUGUGGAUGGAACACACCCUGCAAUACACCCUGGAUUGGAAGCUAUCUUGUUUGAGAACCUCAAUUGGCGUUGGAGAUCCUUGUUCCCUCUGCAGUCACCACCAGCGCGUGACAAAAGGCACAACAAGCCUCAAAUCCCAAGAAGACCGGCAGCCUGGGGCGGCAUGGCCCUGGACUGGCUAGAUAUCCAAGUGAACUGCUCUGCUGAGAUUUAUCCAAAUCAGGAGAUAACGCGUUGGCUGGAAUGUGCUGGUGUGGCAUGGGGGCCUGUGAUUGGCGAAGAUUAUUUUGAAAGCAUCUCACUACUGCAGGCAGUUGCAGCCGCCACGACACCUUUCAUAGUGGUGGAGGCUGGCUCCAACAUUGGCCAUUGGUCACUGAAGGCCGUUAAAGCCUUCCGACAGCGAUUUCCGGUUGGAAGUGCUGGUUGCCAUGUGGUGCUGAUUGAUUCGCAGAUUCCGAUGAUCCAAGCGUUCGAGAACCUGCAGCGCAACGGGGUUCCUGACUUGUGCAACAUCACAUUGACCCAACAUUUUGUAGAUGCUGCGCUGCUGGAUGGACUCAUUCAAGCUUUUGGUCACAUCGACCUGCUGCACGUUGACAUCCAAGGAGCAGAGCUGAAACUGGCGCAGGAAAGCUACCUUCUGCCGAGCGUGCGGCGGGUCCACGUGGGGACGCAUUCGCCGGUGCUUCACCUUCAGACACGAAGCUGGCUGAAGGCCCACGGCUUCGAGGUCGAAGUCGACUACCCACCCAUGACGUUCGUGAGGACAAAGUUUGGUCCCUUUCUCUUGAACGACG